UGCGGCGCUUUUCGUUGGAUUCAGCUCUUCCUGGUCGCGACUUGUCGAUGCUCGCAGUGCUUUUUUAUUUAUUUUUUUAUUUUUGAUGACUUGCGGUUUUUUCUGGGACUGGUGUUCCGGUACGUUUUGGAAUUGACAUCCGCGGGACUUUUUGGUUCAUGGAGCUGUGGAAAAACUCGCGGGGAGCUUCGUGUUACAGGAGUUUUUGUAUCGAGGAGCUGCCUGUUGGAACGCAGGAUGUUGUAGGGAGAUUUGGCUGAGGUUUCCUUGUUGUGUGCGUGAAUGAGGUCGCCUGAGCGGUUGUUGUAAUGUUUCGAUUUCUGGUCUGGCGCAUUUUCGUUAACGUUAGGCUUGGAUGAGGUUGCGACUUGCUUAAUGUAGUGGACUUAGGUUAAGUUGAGGCUUGGGAUUGUUUCCAAAUAUCUUGCGAUGGCGUCUCAGAGGGCGCCGAGCACGUCGAUGCUGGCAGCUGCGUGGUGUGAUAGAUUGAAUCAAUUUUGCACGCAACUUCAGAAAAAUUGUUCCUCCCUGCACAGCAUUGUCCAACGAAAGCCGGAAUCGCAAUCAAGAGACCACAACUUCGAUAUUUUUCUGGAAGAUCUGAAUGAGGAUAUAACUUCUGCCCUAGCGGAGCUUCAGCAUUUAGAGGAGAGAACAACUGACACUUUAUCAUUUGAGGAACUCCUAGUGCACUGCGAUGCCUUGUACAAGUCGAAUGAGGACGGCAUUGCCAAACUCGAACUCCAACUACAGCAGUAUGGUUACACACCAGUUGAAGUGCCCAAACAAACUCAUAUUGAAGUUCUACAUGGUCAUUCGCACCAGGAAAUCGAAACGAAGUCUCAUAUUUUAGAUGAGGCGAUUUCACCACCUAGAUCUGGGGUUACUCCACCCUCAGUCAAUGAGAAUGAGACAUCUAUAACGACACCAGUGGCGCUCUCAUAUUCAGCCAAGAAUACUAAAAGAGACGUUGAAUACAGCCCUUUAUUUGGUGAUUUAGGAGACCUUGAAAAUCUGGAAAGCCUUGGUAUUUCUGCCACGAGUCUCACAGCACUGGCUAGUCAAGAUGAACCUGUUAGCUCCGUUCAUCCACUUCAACACAAGCUUACUUUCGUGGAGUCGCCGAAAAAAGAUGUGAUGAUAAGCAUGAGGGAUUCUGAAAUUGAGGAUAAUUUGAAGACAAAGUUCGGCAGUCAUAGACCUUCCGAAGCAGAUAUAAAGCAUAUACCACUUCCGAGCACAUCAGAUUCAAUGUUUGAUUCAACGUAUGGACAUGAUUCCAUACCAGUUGUUUUCAAUAAACCUGUUAAUGGGUGUGGCAUUGGAUCUACGAAUUCUACAACAACCACAACUUUUUCUACAAGAGAUGAAACUGUUCAAAGCGUAGAAACCAAUAAUGUUCCCUCUCUUACUGAAAUAAGCAGUGUACAAUACGACAAUCUUCCCAUAUGGCUAAGGUCUCAGGUCUCUUUGCAGGAGCUCAAUGGUGCAGUCGCUAAAAUCAAUGAUCUAGUAAGUCAGCGUACCAUUGGAGGGCAACAUGCCACACAGUUUUUUCUUGAUCAAAAAGAUGUUCAAGCUCUUGGACUAGGAUCAAAAGCGAGAGCAGGCAUUAUGUUACUUACGAAAGCGGAUAAGAUUGUCACCCAAAAUAUUAAUGGUGUGACCACUUACCGAAUAUGUGUUUGAGGACUUGUACGGUCCUAGGCACCAGGGUAUAUCAUCCUCAGUUAAGUCUAUAGGAGUGUGUUCUUCAUCGUGUUAUGAAGACUUCCUACACUGUCAAAGUAAUAAGCUUGGGAAGUCUUUCAGUUCUGCAGUAUUUGCUAAGGAAUAAAUGUGGCUUCAUCCCCAUAAAGAUUAUUUCCUCCGCGCCCGUUGCACGUGUUCGGCAGUGUUUACUUUAGGUAUGAGGCUGGGGAUUACGCUGUUACCUAUUAGCGAGAAAAUCGUUGAUGACACCUCCCGUUCCUUGUUUUGUCUCAUAAUGCUUUGUUUCAUCAGUGAAUUAGGCAAUUUAUAGUACGCCUCUUUGGCAGUGUAUGCAGCACAAUAAAUGAAGCAUUGUGUAUAGCACUUGCACAAAAUUCUGCUUGGAACAAGUUUGAAGCAGAAGCUUGUGCUCUA